AUGCAGCCUAGCCUGAUCCCUGCCAGGCCCUGGAAGUACAACAGCGCAGUGACUGAGUACUUUGUGGAGUUGGAAGAGACCAGCAAGAUCAAGCGCAGUGACUUGGACAAGUACCUACACGACUCAUCUGGUCAAGAGAUGGCUUUGGAUCCUGGUGUGGCAUCUGGGUUCACUGGGGACUUGAAGCUGGAGCUCCAAGGUUCAGGGGAAACACCAAAGGCUGAUGCCGAGACGGCUAAGGUCUUGGACGAGGUGAAGUAUUACACAAAUGCAAUCGAGGCAAAGAUCAACAGUAUUUCGAAGAUGCAGUGCAACCUCCGUUUGCCCUACAAUCCGAAACCUGACUCCUCGUCGACCGAGCUUGACAACGAGUUGGAUGGAAUCCUUGCCCAGCUCAACGUAGCCUAUGGAUCCCUGGCUAGCAUCCUUACGAAGCUUGAUAUGCAGCGCUUGGAUGACAGCGGCCUCAACAGUCUCAAGCUGGAGUUUGCGAAGAUUCGAGAGGAUGUUGCAAAGCCGUAG